GUUGGUUGUAUAAAUGGCUUCAACAUCGAGACUUGACAACAAUAAAGUGUGCUGUUAUGCACAUCCAGAAUCUCCGUUGAUUGAAGAUUAUCGGGCUGGUGAUAUGAUAUGUUCGGAGUGUGGUCUGGUUGUUGGAGACCGCGUAAUUGAUGUUGGAUCAGAAUGGCGAACAUUCAGCAAUGAGAAAAGUGGCGUGGACCCCAGUCGUGUUGGCGGUCCAGAGAAUCCCCUUCUUAGUGGUGGAGAUUUAUCUACAAUAAUUGGGCCAGGAACGGGCUCUGCAUCAUUCGAUGCCUUUGGUGCUCCAAAAUAUCAAAACAGACGCACUAUGAGCAGCUCAGACCGCUCUCUUAUAUCAGCUUUCAAAGAAAUUUCAUCAAUGGCCGAUCGAAUUAACUUACCAAAAACUAUUGUGGAUCGUGCAAAUAACCUAUUUAAACAGGUUCACGAUGGAAAAAAUCUUAAAGGUCGGUCAAACGAUGCGAAGGCAUCUGCAUGUCUUUAUAUUGCUUGUCGACAAGAAGGAGUUCCACGUACAUUCAAAGAAAUAUGCGCCGUUAGCAAGAUUAGCAAAAAAGAAAUCGGAAGAUGCUUUAAACUAACACUGAAAGCUCUCGAAACUAGUGUGGAUUUGAUAACAACUGCCGACUUUAUGUGUCGCUUUUGUGCAAAUUUGGAUCUGCCGAAUAUGGUUCAACGCGCUGCUACACACAUUGCGAAAAAAGCUGUCGAAAUGGACAUUGUUCCAGGCCGAUCUCCAAUAUCUGUGGCUGCAGCCGCAAUUUAUAUGGCAUCGCAGGCGUCAGAGCAUAAGCGUAGUCAGAAGGAAAUCGGUGACAUAGCUGGCGUUGCUGAUGUCACCAUAAGACAAUCGUACAAAUUAAUGUACCCUCACGCUGCAAAGCUUUUUCCUGAAGAUUUUAAGUUUACCACACCCAUUGAUCAGUUACCACAAAUGUAAAUUGGUUAGUUAUCGAUGCUCAAUAACAAUGCUAACGCUAAGUUGUAAUAUAAUCAAAAAGGCACGAUUUUAUUAAAUAAAGCUAGUAUUAUUUUGUAUACAAA